AUGGUGGAGGGUUUGGGGGCUAACGCACGGCCUCACCACCAAUCCCAGGAUCCUGGCGGCCGCGGCUGCGCCCUACGUGGCCCUACGCGCCUUCCGCGGCGAAACCGUCGUUGCCACCACCGCCGCCGCCGUCACGACGGUGAGAGAGGGCGCCGCGACGACCCGGUGGCGGGGAGGACUUCGAGGGCAGACGUUCCAAAGCCACCCCGACGGAGAGACACGCCGAGACGCCCCUGCCAUUGGGAGCCCUUCAGUCUUAAUUCGGUUGUAAAUUCGGCUGAAAAGGUGGAGGGCCCGGGGACGCGAGGAGCCAAGGAGUCGGUGAAUGACUCAAAGGACGAAGACGGAUCGGACGUCACCUCGACUCUGAGCGGCCUGCUCGCCGGUCUUCCGACCUUGGCGGGCCCCCAACGCCUCGCCAACUCCCUCAGGCAGAAGUUCGCCAGCAACUCCGAGGGAUGGCGAGACUCGGUGUUGGGGGCCCCGCGUCGUUUAUUGGUGACUCUCGGCAGUCUCUCCAGGGACAGCUCGCCAUGUCCUGCCGCGAAGGAGGAGGCUCUACCGAGUCUUCCGGUUCCGGACCUCGAGACGACCUUGCAGAAAUACCUGGCGCAGGUCGAAGCCAUCACGCCGAACCACCUGGAAAGAACUCGGAGCUUGGUACGAGCCUUCCUCUCGGGUCCCGGACCGAAACUCCAGCAACGUCUCCUGGAACGUAGGCAAAAGACGACCAACUGGGCGACGGAAUGGUGGCUAAAUGACAUGUACAUGUCCGUCCCACUGGCCCUGCCAAUUAACAGCAACCCCGGCCUGGCUGCGAAACCGAAGAGAUUUGCGAGCCAGCAGGAAGCCGCGGUAUUUCUCGCGCGAUUUCUCACCGAGCUGCUCAAUUAUCAGGAAUUGCUGGACAGGUCCGGAUUGGAGGUUGAACGUGUGAAAUCCAAGGACGGCAAGACCAUGCAACCACUCUGUAUGGCGCAACAUUAUCAAAUAUUUCGGAUUUAUCGGCGGCCUGGUGUAAAUAACGAUGAGCAGAUUGUUCUGGAUAGAGCGUCCUCCGGCGAUCACAUUAUCGUCGCGCAUCAUAAUCAGUUUUACAGCGUGCCGGUGAGAGCGUCGGACCGAGGCCGGAUCACGGAAAUCGAAUUGGUCCAGCAGUUACUGAGGAUCAUGGAGACCAAAGCCGAUCCCAGAACUCCGCCGGUCGGGAUUCUCACGACCACGAAGCGACCGGCCUGGGCGAAGGCGCGGGAGGAGCUGAUAAAAAACGAGCGCAAUCGUCACAAUCUGGAGCUACUGGAGCGCUGCCUCUGCGUCGUUUGCAUCGACGACGACGUGCUGCCGACCACGUUUAACAAUCCCAUGAAGAAGGAGGACCGAUGGAUCGGCGACCGAGAUUACGCGAACGUGCUUCAUCACGCUCUCCACGGCGGUGGCUCCCGGCACUUGGGCGCGAAUCGCUGGUUCGACAAGACUUUCCACGCCAUCCUCGGCAAGGACGGAAUGUGGGGAUUGACGUACGAGCAUUCCGCCGGCGAGGCACCGGCCGUCUUCAAGGCGUUCGAGGAGAUAACGGAGAAAGUGGACGCGAUGUCACCGCCGGAUGAGAAUUUGGUACCCUCGCAUCUGCCGGCGCCCGAAAAGCUGGAGUGGUGUCUCACCGAGCAAAAUCUGAACGACAUUCGAGAGGCCAUGAUGAACUUUGACGCACUGGUCGAAGACUUGGAUCUCUGUAUACUGUGGUUCGAAGAUUACUCGAAGGAGUUCGUGAAGUCCUGCAGAGUCAGCCCGGACGCGUACAUACAAUUAGCGCUCCAACUUACAUAUUUCAGACUUCACGGGCGACUGGUGGCCACUUACGAGAGCGCCGGCAUCCGGAGGUUCGCGUUGGGUCGCGUGGACUGCAUCCGGGCCGCCAGUCCGGAAGCGCUUGCGUGGGCUAAGGCCAUGUGCCAGGGCGAUCCUGGCCAGAUGAAUCAGUCGAACAACGCCGUCGACGGGAGUCCCAAAAGAGUUCAGUUCACCAUUUACAGUGCGGAAAGGAUCAAGGAGCUGUUCGACCUGGCGGUGCAGAGGCAGACGAAAGAGAUGAACGACAACAUACACGGCCAGGGUAUCGACAAUCACCUGAUGGGGCUGCGUUACGCGGCGAAGGAGGCCGGCGAGCCGAUCCCGGAUAUCUUCACGGACGAGGCUUACGCGAUCGUUAAUCACUUCGCCCUCUCGACGUCACAGGUGACCACGAAGAACGACGUGAUCGCCGGGUACGGGCCAGUGGUGCCGGACGGCUACGGGUGCGCCUACAACGUGCGGAAGAACGGAUUCAUCUUCUCGGUCUCGGCCUUCCACAGCGACGGCAGGACCAGCGCGAUGCAGUUCGCGCAAACGCUGGAGCAGAGUCUGCGGGACAUGGCGGCGAUGCUAAAGAAUUCGAAGAAGUGAUAGACGCGCGCGCGUGAGUAGCUUCGCUACGAGACGUAGAGCUGUAGAGGAACGCAGAGCGCAGCUUCCCACUGAUCGCGGGCGAGGACCGUCGAGUUAGUCGCGAGUUAGAAGAGCGAUUCGAGCAAUUCGCGCGUCGUUCACGAGGGUGGUUCGAAACCGCACAGACGAAUCGGACCCGUGAGAUGCACAAACGAAAUCGACACUGAACGCCGCCGCAUUCGGUUAACGAUGUCCCUCGAGACAUAUUUCUCCGUGUUCCAUUCCGAGAAGUUCGAGGCGUUUUAGGAGCAACAAUUUUUCGUUUUCACCGUACGCGUCGUCAUUCCGUUGUUUGAUUUCUCGCGAUAAAUCAAUUGACCUUAAUUCGACUUUAAUACUCCGUUCGAACGAAGCGAAGAGAGCACGACUUUCGAAGCACCCUUGCAUGAAGUACUGUAUGAAAUUGUAUUCGCGUAUAGAUUUUAAGGGACUACGCGAGCGUAGGCGUAGCGCAAGAGAGUUUUAUCAACUCGCUUCCGCACAACUCGUUAGAUAUAUAUACAUGUUGGUUUGAUAUAUAUAUCUCUAUUGUAGAAAAGGAAGAGAGAAAAAAAAUUAACGGAGAGAAGAAGCGUCGCCGAAAUGCGCGAGCUUGUUGUCGGAAGCCGUCGUAAAUUCUUAAGGUGUCCUUCGUUGUGUGGGCUGGUACUAGAAACGAAUCUCUCUGUUUUCUAGAAGAGUAUGUACAAAACGCACAUGCAUACAAAAACACACACACACACACACACACACACAGACAGACACGAAUGCGCGCGCGUGCGCGCGCGCAUUUACAUAAUCUCGUUCGCGGUGACAGCGAAUUAAAAAUCCUUCAGCGGUAGCCGCCGUAUAGUAGGCGUCGUAUGUUAUAGAUCGGUCGGUCGUUUUUAAAACUCUAGUCCGCUCCAGAAGAGAGAAGAGUAAAGUUUCUUCGAGCGCGUUACGCCCGGACGCUGGAAAAAUCGCUGAAACGAUAAAAAUUUUGGUCGGAAAAACCGCUUGUUACACCGAGCUCUAUAAAGAAUUCCGUUCGGACGUCUUGAAUUUCCGCCAAGGAAAAGAAAUGACAUAUUUUUCGAUUUUCUUCUCCGAUUGUUCAAUCGAGUUUUCAAAGAAAAAGACACUUUUUAGUUUACUAAAAGUGUAAAGUCGUACAAUUUUGCUGUUUUUCGCGACCAACUUGCCGUUAAGUCUUCUUUUUGGGGGUCCAAUCUGAACUUUCGCGAUUUGAUUCCGUUUUUCCAUGUCGUUAUAUUUGUCACAGUUGCGAUUUUCCAGCGUGCGGGACUCGUCCACCGCAGAAACACACACUAAUGUGGCCAAUUGUACGUAUGUUGGCGCCCGCACAGUAAACUCUUGUCCAAUUCUUAGGUAGGUCGGCGGAUCGCAUCGCUCGACACGUCAAGAGCCGAUCGAUCGUCGACGGUAUAGCUCUAUCUGUCUAUCGCGCUAUUCUUCUACUCCCUACGAUUUACUGUAGCUGACUACCCCCCCGUACCGCGUGCCAGGGUUUGCGACCGAUAAAACUAUAUCUAUACGUACGGUUGAUUCAAGACAAGAUUGCACGUGGAAUUAACGUGUAAUCGUAAUUAUAUGUGUCAUUAAUACCUAUAUAACAGUAUUUGUGCAAUCUCGAAUUUGCUUCUCUCGAAGGAUCAUUGAAUGUUCUUUUUCAAUCGCAAUCUCCUUGGUAACCCGGAAAACAAUUUUUCUUCGGCGGAAAUGUUGCUGGAAGUUACCACUUUUCCAAGUUUUAAUAAUUAUAAUUCCAUUAGGACGCAAUUUAAUUAGAGAUUAAUAUGAUUUUGUUAUUAAUUUUUUAUCCUGAAGCGCAAUAGCUUGCCAGGAAUCGAAGAAUUAAUAACGUGUCGAUAUUUUUGAAGGAAAAAUUAAUUCUGAAUCGGUCAGAAAAAAACAUGCAAUCAUCUUGGGAUAGUUUGUCUGUAAUUAACAUGAUGAUAGCAAUAUAGUGUAUGCAACGAUAUAAUUCUGCUGACAUAUCGGAUUUCGCUGCCUCAAAUACGCGAAGGUACUCUCAUUGAAAUGAUAUCGGUCCCAAAUCUUGGUAUACGUACUGACCUCACGAAAACGGGGGAGAAACAGAUUCCUCCAACUUUACACAGUUUAGAUAAAUUUAUCGCUCGACGCGACUCUUAUUGUUACGCUCGUCUGAUAUUGUUUACUGUAUUAUUGUUCAUUUAAAUGGGAUCAUGGAGGGCCAAAAAUUCCAAAGAAUUUCAACGUUCCAUUUCUACCGCGUCGCGUCAAUCACUUAAAUGAUAAAUUCUAUAACUCGUUUAAAAAGUUUACUUUUCUAUAUCAACGACUUGUAACUCUUGAAUAAACAGCUCGAUUAAAGAUAAAAGACGCUUCGAACGAACUUGGCUUCAGCCAAGAAGGAAAAUAACUAACAAGAUUACCAGUUAAUUCUUAAUGAAUUUAACUUUAACAGAAGUUCAAAAUUGAGUGCGUUUCACCGUUGAAAAUGUUAAAAGUUUAUAGACUUCAAUAAGAGUGACGAUCUCUCUUGAGCUUUUCGCUCGAAAAAUUAAUUUUGAAUUAGCUGAAGAGCGAAUAUAUAGGAAAGUAAUACAAAAAUAUAAAAGAGAUAUCUUAUCUUUCUUCUCAGAUCGUAUAUCUAUCUAUGCACAUACAUAUCAAGUACACAUAUCAGAUAUACGUUUAAAUACCGUCCCCUUAUAUUACUCUCGCGAUGAUCCCACUUCUCUGAACGAUAAUACAUUUGAUUCGUUGGAACAGAGACGAAUUCGCAUAUCUUCGACUCCGCGAUUUAGAUAAUUAUUUAGGCGACCUGUCGCGCUCGCCUCGUCCUCUCGUAUUGAGGUCAUUGCUGUUAUCGGUAGCGUCGUGUGCUUGUUAUUGUAGCUGUAAAACGGCGAUUGAUCGGGAGGAAUCGCCUCUCUGUAAGAUAAAGUCGCGGCUAUAAGAUAAAGAGUUUCUAGGUGUCGGCGUUCAGUUAGCUCUUCUCGAUAUAGUUCCUCUAAUUAAUUAAGAUAUAAUUCCAAUUAAUUGCCGGAGAAAAUGGGGGAAAAUGGGCACGGGAGAUGCUUUGAACAGGAUUUUUUACAGUCAGAUUUGUGUGAAAGACAAUUAUGCGUUGUUGUACACGAAAAAGAUACGCAUUUAUCGAUCUGUUAUCAUAUCGCAUCGUGAUUUAUUGUCUGAUCGACACUCAGCUGACUUCUCGCGCGCCCUAAAAGUGAAAAA